AUGUACAGAAUUGUUCGUAUGAAUCGGAAAGGCCAUGAUAUUUUUGCUUUCCUGUCAAAGCCUCAAGGCCUGGUUACUCCUAAGAAAAAAGGGAACGGCAAUAAAAGAAGAAAAGGCAAAGGCCUGGGGAAGAAGAGAGACCCAUGCCUGCGGAAGUACAAGGAUUUCUGUAUUCACGGCGAAUGCAAAUACAUCCGAGAGCUGGGAGCUCCCUCCUGCAUAUGCCAGCCAGGAUAUCACGGAGAGAGAUGCCAUGGCCUCUCACUACCUGUGGAGCACCCCCCCAGCGCAUACGACCACACCACAGCACUGGCUGUUGUUGCUGUUAUCCUAUCCUCCCUGUGCCUUGUCAUCAUCGCAGCCCUGCUGAUGCUCAGGUGUCACAAAAGGGGUGGCUACGAUGUAGAAAACGAAGAGAAAAUCAAGCUGGGCAUCACUGUGAAUCACUGAGGAUGCCGGGUGCUGGCAAGGGGUCGGCACUAAUGCACUUCUACCUCCUGGAAGAGGCAAGAGCCACGGAGCCAGCACCGUCUCUUGGAGCCCGCAGUGUGGUGGGAGCUCACUGGAGCACCAGGACAGGACCUGCUUCGGGGCUGGUCGGGCAGCGGUGUCACUGCAGGGAGCUUGGUGGCCAUCUCUGGGACGAGGGGGCUCAGGAGAGGCACUCACUGACCAGCUGGCAGCAGAGGGGCUCUCCAGCAGCUCUCUAUCCACUGCAGUGCAUGCUGAGGAACAAACUGUGAAAGGCGAGGAGACCAGGCUCUGGGCUUUCUUAGGCGCAGGAGGGGUGGGAGGGUAACAGCUAUUUAACAAGAUAUUUUUCAUUUUAAAUUAUAUAUUUAUUUUAGAUAAACUGUACAUAGUAUUUAUAUUUAUUGCAGGUCUGGCCCUGUGUCCUUCACGUAGGUCAAGAUCACAGGGUCAGACCUCCCUUAUUUUUUAAGUGCAAUGUAAU